AGAUACGUACUGUCGUUGUCGCCUCGAAAGUUAUGUUAUGGCAACCAAUUGUAGGAAGAGUUAGGAAGAAAGCCAGUCGACUAUAUCCACAACACCAAAAGGAACACCAGUCUUGACAACGUCAGCGAUAUUUGGUCAGCAAUGCUGGAUUGAAAUGUGUGGGAAGAUUUUGUCAUGGAAGCUCGAUUGUGAGAUCGGCCUUAAGUAAGUAAGUAUUUUCGUCUGUAUCCUUUAAAACCUUAAGCUCGAAUAGUGUUUAGUGUUAUAAGACUAAAAUGGGGUACUUACGUAUCUGAUUGGUGUGGGGCCAGGGGGACCUUGCGGACCAGGGGGACCUUGCAUACCGGGGAUACCAGGCAUUCCGCUACCUCCCGGGAAACCAGGAGGACCGGGGAAACCAGGGGCUCCAGGAGCACCAUCCAUACCGGGAGGACCCUGGAAACCCGGAGAACCGGGUAGACCUGGUGUACCUGGAAAACCAGGCGGACCAGGAUCUCCCUUGAAACCUGGAGGUCCUUGUGGUCCAGGAGAUCCAGACAUUCCUGCCAUACCAUUCAUACCGGGAGGACCUUGAAGGCCUUUGAGAAUGAAACCCAGUGUUACAUUCUGAUCCUUUAGUAGUUUGUUUAGGAGUGGAGGGACUGAAGACAUUGGCAGCGACGCCUUACGGAAAGAACAAUGAAAAACAAUUAGUGAGGAUAUUUUCUAAUUCCUGGUAAUUCUUUUUGGCUCUGUGAUUGUAAAAGCUUUCAUUACCGUCCUAUAUAAGCUAACAAAGACAAGAAAACAUAUGAAUAAGACUGUGAGGUAAUAAAAGUUCAAAGUGGAAACAGGAGAGCGAGGACUGCUCGUAAGAAAGAUGUACUACCCAAGACAUGCGGAUAAAGUGUGUUUUUCAACUGCUUAUUUCUCUUUUAUCCGUUGAAAGUCAAGAGACAAAUUAAAAUUGCGUAUUCGAUUUAGCUAUCAAAAUUUGUCAGUCCAUAUCGUACAUAUAUUAUUUUGUUCUGUCUUUUCUGUGCCAGACUCCCUCUAACUGGGACGAAGUUUUCUUUAUCUUCGAUCGGUUAGGAAACACUCUAAAAUUCCAGAAACAGAUUUGACCCAUGCUUAAGCAUUAUAAUCUGAAAGCAAGGUAAUUAUAAACAGCUCUCGGGCAGCGUAUCGUUGUAUAAGUAAAAUCAGUGAACACAAAUUAAAUCGCCAUAGUCAAAACCACCAGGAUAACUAUCACAUGCCACCAUGAAAUUCACCUGGUUUUAAAAUCGAUCGAUGACUACACUUAAGUUCACCUAAAAGCAUUUGUAUUACCGAUUUGUCUGUGGCCAGAUAUAUCGCCGCAAAAGUUACGACAACCACCGCAAGCAUGGAAUCGUAGCUGGGUAUUUUAGGGUUCCUGAUUGGGCCUUGGCUUUGUUCCUCUGGAUUAGUGAUUUCUGUAUUCUGCCGAUCUUGUCCAGUAACUUGUUGCUUUAAAAUUUUAACUAUUAGAACUUCUUUCCUUCGCCAUUUCUUAUAUUUAAACGUUAAUUUCUGGCAAAAGUAUAGCGAAAAAUCGAAACGGACGGAAAACGGAAUAUGUAAUCGACGUGUGAUUGUAAAAAAUUAACAAGAAACUUCCUUCACAGUUUAUUUCACUCACUCCAUAUUUGGUGCUAAAACAGGUGGGUUGACACUAAAUAUGGCGCGAAAUAGAGAAAAAACACAUUUGAAAAUGGUUCCGAAGCUAAUAUUCAUUACGAUAAAAUAUUUCCAUACAUUAAAUCAAGAACCAUUUGGAAACAGAGAUAUCAAGAAGUUUCACAUCCCUCGAUCGAUGUAGUUUGUUGAUCUUUGAUAAAAUCUGUGAUGCCAAUAAUCUGAAACUACAUGUGUCAUAUGUCUUUGUGUGUUAAGCAAAACAUCAUAGUAAAAAAUAAAAACGAUAAACCAUAAUGGACUGUGCACAGCAAUUUUAAUUUACGAAGAGACUAUGGUAAUACAAAAAGUACUCAGUUGUGCCGUUUGCGUAUAUACAUUUAAGUCGUCGGUAUAUGUUUUAAAGCCUGGAGUUACUCAUCCAAAAUGAUACGGUUCUUUGAUUAGCCACCAACCGUUCGAUCAAUCGUUCCAUUGAUCAAACGUUCGAUCGACUAAGACAACACGCCCAGUAAACUAAACUCAGUGAUUCGUUUAUAAAUCAGUACUUACCGAUAACUGAAAAUGUACUAGGCCUACGGCGACUAGUACCGCCAAGGAAGCGAUCCUCAUGACCUAGGAAAAUAAACAGAAAACACUAUUUUUCCAAAAAUGAAACUGACCCUUCCGUCAAGCCAACAUAGGAAGGGGGUUGGGGAGUUUGGUUUCUAGCCAGGCUACCGUGACUUCAUUCCACCAGUAAAUUGUUUAUAUAUUAGGCAACUGGUGAAUGAAUAGUUAAUUAUCUUUGUCUAAUGACUUAACUAUUUGAGGAUAACGUAGUGUUGGAUUAGGGGGACAGCACUCAUUCAACUGGUCCGCUCUACAGGUGUUUAAAAAUCUUUCGGCCAAUUACAGCCGCCUGUUGUGACAUUUUCUGUUCUGGUUUGUAAUUUUUAGAUCUUUAGCUAACGAGGGUCUUUUGGAUUUGUAAUUUUUCGCGGGCUUUUUUCCCUUGCAAAUAAAAGUACCCGAAGUUGCUCAUAAAGGCUAACAAUCGUUUCAUCGCCUUACGCCCCUUAGUCAACUUUCCGUCACCCAAGAAUAAGACAAGAAUUCUAUCUUGUUGUAACCUUGGCACCAAAGUGACCUAAAAAGACUCAUGUUACUAGAAAAAGUAAAAAUCUUUUCUAUUACUAUUGCUUUAUGAUAACAAUUUGCUCUUUCAGCGUGGUAUCAUUACUUCUAAGUUGCUGGAUUGUUUCUCAGGAGUGACCAUCCACAAAAGGGUGGUAUUGAAUUGCCUUCCUACCGUGCUGUUUGUUUUUUGGGUGUUUGUAACGCGAUUCUUCUUUUUUUUAGUUCUGCAUUCAAGCACCAUUUAAAGGAACACGGCCAAAAGAGCAGAUCUAAAAUAAAUUUGCUACUAUAAAUUAAAACGGGAGCGUCAGAUGUCUAAUUUGCGUAGUUCGUCAGAUCAAGCUUCAUUACAGAGUCUGACUCGAACAGAAGGUACACAAACACACGUUCGAGUCUUUCGAUUAAAUCCCUCGAACGUUUCACACUUUAUAUAACAAAAUGCUUACCUUACUUGACCAUAAAAUACCUUCGAUAACUGAUAUGAUAGUGCUAUCCAGUGGACUUAACUUGAUAUCGGUGGGAGACGUCUUGCACAAGCAAGAUAUAUCACCGUAAUGCCUCCAGAAAAGGUCCUUCAAAGGUGAUAUCAAUCACUUCCGGGUGCAAAGGAAACAAUGAAGCUCCUCUUUUGGAGACUUGAGCUUUGGGUUCCCGAAACAACCCCUUGAUGAAUAAGUCCGUUAUCGAAUUGAUAUAAAGAUCCUGUUCGCUUUUGCCGAUUCCAGAAUGUAGUGACCACGACAAAUGACCUCACGCUAGCCAAGGCAUUUCCCACCGAUAUCUUGAACCACUUGAUCCGCAAAUAUAUUACACAGUUCCCUCUCAGUGUAGUUUUAAAAACACUGCGUAGUUACAACACCAACCUGAAGUUAUCAGCCCGUUCUACAAAAAAAGUAUGGCUGCCACCUACAAAGCUUCCGGCGCUUUUUGCUCUGAAACUGAGUUCGCGAAUUGGCUCCCAAUAUGAGAGGUUUGACUGGUUGAUUGGGCGAGGGGCACCGAACCUGAGCCUGCGUUAUUUAGCGUCAGUGUUAUCGCGCUUAACGUGGCAUCACCGGCUCGUGAAGACUAAGACACUUGAUACACAACAUUAAGAUGCGAUGACGUAAUCAGUUGACCCUGAACACUACUCUGCCAAUCAGCACUCGAGUUUAAGCGCGCGAACAGGUUGUCGGAGUGUGGAAAAGAGAGCAAAUAAGCUCUUGAGUUUCUUCAUUCACGCCCUCUUGAGAAAAAAAUAAUCACUGAGUAUGUUUUCAUGGUUUUGAUUUUCGACUUAUAGGGGCAGCAUUUUAUGUUUUGACUCCCAUUAGAAUUUCUUAACAAUUUUUUUAUGUGGAAAAUAAUGCCUUUUUCUUCUGUUGUGUCUUGGAAAAUGAAAGUGUUCUGACGUAAUGUUACUCAAUAAUCUUCGGGUGUCAUGCAACACAUUGGUGUUAACCUAAGAGAACCUUGAAAAUCGAAGGAGAAAAUUUUCAGUUUUCUUAAACAGCGAGGUUAGAAAUAUGGCAGAAAAUUUGAAAAUAAAAAAUAAUUGUAGUAAUAUCAAUCAAAAAGAGUAUAAUCAAAGUACUUUUUUGUAAAAGAUACAAUCACGCGAGCUUUUUACUAUUCAUAGAGCGUGCAAAAAUCACUGAGUACCUACAAGGAUCUUAAUUUUACUCCUGUAUUUCAGCAACUGUUUUCUUUUUCCUCCGGUUCUUUGCUCCUUUUCAUUAGGUUCACACCCCCGAUGGGGACAAUGUAAACACAAACCUCCCUGAAGCUUUUAUGCUAUAAACCGCUUAUUUUCAAAAGUCAAACAACCUGUCUUUAUUGCUGUUCAAGAAUCUCAAGAUUCAACUGAUAUUCAAAAAUAAAAAUAGUAAGUUUUCAUCCCGAAAAUAAAAGCCCUGCAGUAAUCAAGGGUUCUACAGUCUAGGUACUUGGUUAAUUUGGAAGUUUGAAAACACAUAAUGAAACAUUACUAAAUACUUAGCACUGCUUCCAAAAUUUAUACUUACUGAGCCACUCGAAAAUGUUAUAGGCAAAGUGAUUCGAAACUUAAAAAAAAAAUUAUUAGAAUAAUUUCAACUCUGGACGAAAAUCACAAUUGCUGUCCUACUCCGUCGGCUGGGAAAAUUACACAGCGAUAGUCCAACUUAAAAGUUAGGGUACCAACCCAAAGUUCUAACGUUAUUGACAACAAUCAUUCCUAACUAUUGUAGCCUAAAGGAAUAAAUAAAUUCAGCGACAAAUUGUCAACUGGAAAGGAGGAAGUACUUCACUGAAUUUUGGUUAACUCUUUCAAAUUAGGCUGGAUAGAAAACGUUAUGUUAUUAUCGUUUUCUCGUUCAAUAAUGUAGCCUGAAUUUCAUCCGAUUACUUAUAAUCCCAUGAAUAUGAAUCUGAGGAUGAUUUCUUGUUUUUCUUCUCUGUGUGUUCCUGUUUGUUUGUUUUGACGAGGUUUAGGUUUUUAGACUUCUAAUUUGUAAACAUCGCCACAAGAAUCUCCUCAAAUUUCAAUCAAAUAUAUCAUUUUCUACAUCUGUAAUAUUAAGGUUCGAAACCGACUUUGGAUUAACUCGUGUGUCCUCUUGAGUACACUAAGGCCUAAAGUACUUUCCACAAAAUAGCUGGAGAUAUGACAUAGAAUCGUGUUAUAUUUCCCAUAACAUUGAAGUUUCAGUAAAGCACAUCAUUUUUAUUUCGGUCUUUACCCUUACUCAACUGAUGCGAGACAGACAAACUUCAAAUCUUAUAAACAUCUAAUUGUUGAAGGUGCCAUUUUUGCUGACAAGAGGUGCCAUUUGGUUAGUUUUGGAUCAAAAAAUGUUUAAAUGGAGAUCUAAUAAGCAUGACUUCAAUGUUGUCAUUGAUUUUUUGAAAUUAGCACUGAUAAAUGAUGUGAAAGUACGUGUCUUGGUUUCUACUCGAACUAAACUAACUAAACCGCAACAUUAGUCGAUACAUAUCACACAAACUGCUUUGUCAAAAACUUUCAAACUAGAACACAUUCAGCUGUGGUCUCCAGGGAUUUGUAUGGAACUUUUCAAGUUCUUUACCUUAAUUUUAUUUUCUGGUUUUUGCCAUCAAAAUGAAUCUGGCUUUUUCUACGGGUCAAGUCAAAAUCGUUUACUGUGGAUUAAAUUUCAAGCGCGCCAGUUUGAAAAAUUUUACUUAAUAACACUUUUAUACGGAGCUUUCACAAUUUUUUCUCUUAGCUAUUUUAAACUUUAAAAAGGGCGAUGCCUGCAUGUUAGCAAAGACUGAGUAAAAUCAAGUGAGGCUUGACGACUGUCAGUGCGCGGUGCGUACUACCUAUCAGACAACGUAUCGAUCUUUUCGCUCUAAAGCAUUCGAGACCGAUCUCCCCACGAGAGGUGAUUUCCGCGCACUCGCGUGUUUUACUCGCUCAAUUCUAAGAAAAAAUGGUCUAACAGACUACUUGUUAGUGAAAUUCUUCUUGUGUUCUAUUCUGUGAUUCCUACAUACUGAUUGGCUAAUUAGCUCGUAGUUAACGAGAAGAGGUUAUUAUCGUCUUUACAGCGAUAAAUACCUCUAGAAAUCACCAGACAGAACUUACGUAUUGGCUAUAUAAUAUCAGUAGGAAGCGGUUUUGAUACUUGAUUUGACCGUUAGCAAAGCCCGAGUUACGCGUUCUUAUUACAGCGUUUUCUGAAUUAAGUUUUGUAUGUUUCAGUCUUGUCAUUCCAAGAAUUGAAGAUUCCAACUAGUUAAACACCUUUGGUCCGAAUUAGCCUUCAUUUCUUAAAGCCUUAUUUUGACGGACUGAGAGAAUUUCCGCAAACUGAAAUAUAGGGCAUGAACCGUAUAAGCCUUAAACGCCUGCAACGACAAGAGCAAGACAGAAACACUUUUUUGGAAUAUAAACUUCAUUGUCUGAAUUCUCGCAGAAAACGUUCCAAUUUAUUUUUCUGUUUUGUUCGUCUUAGCCCUACCAGCCGAGGCGCUGUGGAGACAGUUGCCAUGGAAACUCAAAGUGUAUUUUCCUGUACGACCUGGUACGGGUGGCGUGCGGGUGUUUUGCACGGGAAGGUCAACACAUCUAAUUCAAUUUCUACAAGAGCGAUAAUUCUGCGCGGUACUUAGGAUAAGUGCGAAAAACUGUCAAACAAAAAAUAAGCAUAACCUAUUUAAAUAGGUGUAACUCCGUGUGGUUUAAACUAGGAUAGCUAAUUAAAGACGAAUAAAUUUAACGAUUGUCAAUAACAAAAAAAAUACGUGGUCGUUAUUAAUGACAGAGUUUAUUAUAACAAACGCAGAUUUACCCGAGAAAAAUAGUUUAUAAAAGUAAGAGUUCAGACAAGACAAUAUAUACGUAAGUUCAUGUGAUAAAUUGGCACUUAAGACUAAUGAAUGAAAACCUUUGGCUCAAGUCGCAAGGAACUUGAAUGCUACAAAGUAAAUGGUACAAAAAUUAAAAUGAUCAGUUAUAUUCACUUCAUUUUAUAGUCUGAGACUAAAUAACAAAGAAAGCACCAUGACUUACGAGCCUGUUUGCUGUGAUAUCUCGUCUAAUGUCUUCCUUUUGAGAACACCGUAGAGUUGACCACAGAUAACAUACUCCCCCAAAUCUUUGCUAUAUACGUUUUCUUCCUCAAAAAAGAACAAAUCGGGGCAGAAAUUUUAUUACCACCAACAACAAAGCCCCGAAGUUUACCUAUUGUUCUCGUCUUUCUUUCCGCGACUUACCCACAAGCCACCGGUAGAGCUACAACCUGCCUUUCAAAUCGAGCGACUCUAGAGUCUGAUUGGUUUGUUUGCAAGUGUCCCUAUUGGCUUCAUUUCUUUUUAAUUCUCCACUUUGAAAGCAGCUGGGGAAAUCAAAAUACGUCAUCUUCUGGUCAAGCGAGGAAAAGACAAGCUUUUUAUCUGACGACAGGGAAAUACUUAAAAUUAACGAAUGGGAAGAAGAGAUCUAUGUUCGGAGUUAAAUGCAACGAAAAUUGUAUUUCAAGUCGUCAAUUGCCUUCGUUUUACGCUUUUUUUUAAAGCCGAUGAAAUGAUGUUGGAUUGUAAUUCGAUGAAGUCUGGUAUCCUUAAAAUUUACCACGAGGCAAACAUAACUAGAGGAUACUUUGCCGUAUUUAGUCUUCUUGAUAAUAUAUGAGCACCUGGAAAAUCUUUCACUUCGAAACCAAGCCUUGGCGGAAGCAAGUCAAGUUCUUUCUUAUUUGGGAAGGAGCAGAAGGAGCAAGAAAAUACUUAUCCACAGCAGAAGCGUCUUUACUCAACGUAAUGUUAACUCAUGGAUUGGGGAUAGCUUAUUGAUCAACUUGGUAGCAUUUUUAGUCACUCUCAAGAUUGAUUUGGGUCGCAUCGGUCCUUUAGUGUUCACAGGUGGUUGAGUCGAAAAUGACGGCCGUCGUCGCUGCUUCACGCGCCGUGACCUUUGCAAGGCGAUUUAUUAUGGGUGCAUGAUUUAAGCAAUAUCCGGCGCAAAGUCUCCUUCGAAAUUAAUGCAUGAUACAUUUCUUACUUGGAACACGCUUCCCAUUUUCUUAAAAGCCAUUCCAACUUUCCUUUGUUUACCUUAAGCUGUUGGAUCAGAUUUGUGUUUCAAACAGUGGUGAGGGCAAUCAAUGAAAUAGGCCAUUUCCGAGUUCCAAAAAAUCUCACUUUCAAAACGAGGCUAAGUGCGAAACCUUUGUUGUGAAAAUGAGUUUCAUUUGCAUCAUCAUUAAAAAUCAUUUUCAUAUCAAUGGCUUCGCACUUAGCCUCGCUUUGAAAGUUUGAUUUUUUGGAACUCGGAAAUGGCCUAUUGCUGGAGCAGUUGUUGACCAUGGCAAUCUGGUAGUUCUUUGUGCAAUAUUAGAGGCGUUUGUAAGCUUCUUACCGUGUCAAGCUUCCUGCGAAGUACAGCGUUGGUUGUUUUCUCCAUCCUUCACAAGCACUAAGAUUUUACUGCUACUGGUCUCCAUGAUUUGUAUAUUACUUAUAUUGCAGUUGCUUUUCUGUAAGAAAGCUAACUGCUUCACUCCUUUGAUCGCAAUUUACUUCAUAGCUCAAUUCCUUCCUCUCCAUGUAUUGAUUACACAUUGGCAAAGAAAACUCUUUGAUUAAUUUUUUUUAACGACAUGUCUAAUUAGUACCCUAGGGGGUACUCCGAAUUUCAAGUGAGGGGAUGAUUGAAUGGAGGCAAAAUCAAAACAAAAAAAUGCCCUAGAACUUCCAAAAAAAAACCCCAAAGAUCCCUGGAGCAAAAAUUAACUCUAAAAAAAUUCCAUGCGGAAUUUUCCGUGCCUUUUCCAGAAAACAUUAAAGAUUUAACACAAAAAGUAAAAACAUCAGAAAUAGAAUGUUUGUGUUUUUUAUUAGUCUCGCUUGAGUAAGCAGCUAGACUCAUAAUCUGCAAGCCGUUUUAUUUUCUUCGUAUUUAGUACACAAAACGACGGCUGUGGUCCCAGGCGUUCCUGGCGGAGACCGUGGAAACUGGGAAUAACAAUCGUCAUGACUUUCAUUGUAUGCAAAUUAGUCGUGCUGAGUUUGCGGUUUAUUUGCGACGAUGAUUGAAAUGACGCGCCAUGUUCUAUUGUUCCCGUACGUGCGGUAAAGCGUAACCUUCGGAGCCGAAGGGACUAUGGUCGGUACCUGUUAUCUCCCAUUCUUUGUUUUAUAAAGCGUUGUUAUGACAAGGAGGAAUUUGAUACUGAUUGUUCUUAGGGCUAUUUUUAUAUGCUCCGUUAUUUUAGUUUGCGUUCGUGAGGAUUGGCCAGUUCUGGGACUAUUUUAAUAUCUGUCCAAGAUUAAACAAGCAAUUCUUGUAGCGAAAUUACCAUAUUACCAUAAUAAAGAUGAAAUGUUUUGAAUUUAUACAAAUUUGUGACAUUUUAAUUGAAUGUUUGCAUAGCAAAACCAACAGAUUCGUGUUUGCAUUUUCCCACAUUGCGACUUUCAACGUUUAAUACUACAAAUGAUUAAAAAAUAUUAGUUACUAGUAGAACUCAAUCAACACACAAAGUAAUUACGAAUGGACAGAAAUAGCAAGGAAAUUAAUCUGCCCAAACUCAAUUCGAGAAUUUCUGUAGAAGAUCGAAGUUUUAACUCUGCCUGUGGCCUUCGAACCAACCUUACGUGCUACAGUGCACUUGCAAUUUAGCAGUCACUACACGACGUGACUGCCUGGAAGAACGAUUUUGUUUUGCAAGCACGUGCUUUUUUAUGGACAUUCGGUCCGUUGUCACUUGUCGCGAUGUUUCGUUUCGUACGUUUCCCACAGAUAACGCACGGCAAAUAUAUUGGCAAUAGAAAGCAAACGCGUUGAAAAAACAAGGUGCACUGAGUGAUACAAACUAUUAAAUAAUUUAAAUUUCUCGUUGCAAAAUAAUUGUCCUCGUAGCACACGACGUUACACGUUUAUGCUUCGCACCAUUGGUAUCCGUCAUGGCGCCGAUUAGUCAUAACCACACGAGGAGAACGUCUCGCUACCCAGGCUACCUUAGUCCGAACUUCUCGACCAGUCAAUCUUGUUUUCUCGCGUCAAACUGGUUUUUUGGGUGUGAGCAUCCGUUUAUUGAUAAACCGAUGGUCAUAACUGAUUGUUACUGACUGUUGCCAAUAUUGCACCUGCAUAGAUUUUGCCUAGAAGGCGAAAUCCCGAGGAGGCAUCCUAGUAGCUCGCGCGUAUAUAUAGAAAAGUACUUACAGUUGAAAUAUGCAGUAAGUAUACCUGAAAAAAUCUCAAUUUGCUUGAUCAGGGGCCGCUUGGAAAUCGUUAAGUAAUGAUGACGUUUCUAUUGCUCACGACCGCAAGUAAGACAUGGUUAGGAUGACGUAAAACAGAAAAUGCCCAAAGAGACUGCUUAGGGUGAUUUUGUAACACUCAUUGUUCAGUCAUACUUCGAUACUCUUUUGCGUUACGUGUUAUCAGUGAAAGUUAUGACCCAAAAGACACUCGUUAAGUGCCGAUGAAGUUAUAAGGUGCGUAUACCUGUUUAUAUAUAAACACUUGGGAGAGUUUGCCAGACAAGAGUUUAUCAUUCACAAAUCUUUGACUGGAAACCAUUUGCCAGACACUCUUUUUCUCUCUUAAAAAAGACUCUGUCCACAAACAAGCUAAACGAGUGAAUAAGAGGCUAGAUAGAUAGAUAGAUAAUCUUUAUUUAUUCACGGUACAAAAUUCGUCAGCUUUAAAAAUGCCUAAUACUAAUAUAAUAAAAAUAUUUAAAUAAAAAAGCUGCUUUCCACGAAUGCCGUGCCUUACAGUUCUUUGAGUAAUCGUUUAAAUUGCCCAAGGGACUCUGCUUCCCUUAAGUUACAAGGAAACGAAUGCCACUAAUGAUCGGUAAUGGAAUAUUGAGUUUAUUUUCAGAGUCCCUUAGGUUAUAUGCGACUUCUCGCCUUUCAAAUUUAGAACUAAGAUAGUUUGGAGCCAGCCCGUGCAGAGACCUGUAAACCAUCGUAGCUCUUUGAAAUUGGCUAGCUUAUUACUAGCAGAACGAUGAAUGAUCAGAGAAAUUCGCCGACAAUUAAAUUCUAAGCUGUUAAAUUCGGAGAUGGGCUUACUGUCCGGCUAAUAAGAUGAACGGUUUGUAAAACGUGAAAGAGAAAUAGCGAAAAAAUUCCAGCUUCUAAUCAAAUCUUUUCUUAUCGUUGAGAAUAAACUGAUGUUCUCGAAACUGUUUUCAGAUCAAAGCUGUGUAAAUCGAACAGAAACAGUGCAUGGAACUUGCGAUUUGUUUCCUGUUUUUAUCUUACCUAUUGUAUGAAAUAUGUGAAAAUCUUCAUUAUGAAUCUUUAUAUUUCAAAGAGCUUCACAACGACCAAGAAUUAGACUACGAGAAGUCCCCAUUUUUCCUCAGGGAUAGUACAGCGACCGAAACGCGAGCGCGCGUGAAAAUCAACUCGCCUUUCUCGCGUGGGUUGAUUUUCACGCGCGCUCGCGUUUCGCUCGUUCUACACUCCCUGAGGAAAAUUGGGGACUACUCGUAGUCUAAGGCAAGAAUACUAUUGACCGGCAACAUACAGAGCGGGGGCGGCUGUAGUGUCAACUAUUACUCAUUAUUUUUCCGUCAUAACCUAUGCCUAAACAGUUCUCCUUCUUGGCCCCAGCGGGACUUCUCGAGGGACUGUGGCACCCAAACCAGACUUAAGGUAGGAGGAGGAGGGAAUGUCGUUUUGAGGAGGGUGCGGUUAACAACAGUGCUUUCAUUGCCGUUGCUGACAGAUGUGCUUUUGUCUUUAAAGGAUUCUUAAAAUUGAAGAGGAAUUUAAAUAAAAACUGACUAGAACGACUUUAAAAAAUUGUGAAAGAAUAAAAACACUGGUAAAAGAAGCAGGUGACCGGCUGGUUUGAACGUUUUUUUGUUUUUGUUUUUGUUUUGUUUUUUUUUGGUGUACCAAAUCAAUUUCGAUUUUGUUUUCGGUCAGGGUGAUUCUAUAGUUAUUGAGUGAUUUGUUCGGGAAAAUACGGAAUCAAUUCAAACGUUUAACAGAAGGAACUCAAAAGCUUAAUUGAGCAGAAAAUUGCUUGUGGUUUCCGCUGCAUGUUUUCCCCUGUAGGUAUGUCAUGGUUUAUGUAUUUAUGACUGUGAACCCUAUUCGUUGAGUACACGAUGGCAUGAAAUGUGGCUAAAUGCAACGUCCGAGUAAGUGGAGCAAAUUCUAUGGUUUGAUUAUUCGAUCAAGUGAAACUCUUGAAGUCUUUAGCAGUGACUAUGUACUUUCACAUACUAUUUAUUAUUUUGUAUAAACUGGUACCGUUCUAUCCUUUGUGUCAGUAGACCAAACCCCUGGUGUGGUCAUUUAAAAGAAACUCUUUAGCAGUACUAUGUACUUUCAUAUCGUACUAUUUUAUAGGCCACUUCCGAAUUCCAAAAACUCUCACUUUCCAAAUGAGGCCAAGUGCACAACCUUGUGAAAAUGAGUUUUAUUUACAUGAGAGUGAAAAAUCCUUUCCAUACCAAAGGCUGAGCACUUAACCUUGUUUUGAUACAGAGGCCAGGGGAAACUCGGAAAUGGCCCAUAUGCUGUACAAACUGGAUCUGACUUUUGAGUGAGCGGACCAAUUACUUUUGCGUGAUACUUCUUUUAAUUUUAUAUCAUUAAUCAUUCGGGAUUUUCUUCAAUUGUGAUUUUUCUACUCCCUUGGUAUUGCUAGAAGUAACGGUAACUACCGUGGGUCGUAUGUAAGCGUGGACACGAGACAAAACGACAUGUUCUAAUAGGGUGCCAGACAUGACCUGUUUUGCCGCCAAACAUUUGAAGUUUGACAGCCGUUAAAGCAAACUGUCGCGCCAAAGGUAAGAUGUUUAUAUGCUUUUGGUCAGCGCGUGACCGCUCAUAUUUCAUUUUUCUCACCUCUCGCUUGCUCAGCAAACAGCACACUUGCAUCCAGAAAUUAUUCUUAACCUCCAAAAAUUAUUGCAGAGACUGAUUUUGUUGAGCAAAAACAAAUCAAGUCGACAACAGCCGCCUACUCCAAACUUCAAAUGUUUGGCGCCAAAACAUAUCACGUUUGCACCCAAUUAGAACAUGUUUUUUCCUCACGUGUACACGCUUAGAUGCAACCGAUGGCAAAUGGUAUUGUUGAACACUGAAGUCUUAAGCUCCUUAAGGGGAUAUUUGUCGGUUGUCCAAAAGUUAACGAAGUCUCGCUUACGAAGUGAAGACUAACUGCUUCCUACGCUUGUUAAAGGAAACCUCCAUUCUUAAAGAAAAUACUGCUUAAAAUGCUCUGAAAGAUCCCAAAAGGAGAUUAUGGAGCAUUUUGGAAGACAUCCUUCAAAAGUGGAGGUUCCCUUUAAAACAUACUCAUGGACGCUGGCAGUGAAGCGGUCUUUACAACGGCUCCUCUACUGAGGCGGAGUCUUAUAUUUAAAUGUUUGGAUGGGCAUUGACUUAAAGAGAUAUAUUUUCGGCAUAAUGGCCACAGGAUGUAACGAACACACUCAAUAAAAUACUACUGUAUCGUCUUCUUUCAAAACAGUUUUCAUUACGAGUGCUGAAUAAACACGACAUUGUGCGUAAAAAUGGUCAUUUUUACAAACGAAAAAGAUAUUAAGUCUGCCUAGAUACCCCUACCAGGAUCUAGAAAAAAAUAUGAUUGAUCUAUAAUAAUUAUUCCGACUCUACACGUAAUAUAUAAAGAAAUAUUGGAACUCCCGUUGUUAUUGAACUUGUUUGUUCAGUAGGCGUUUUAUUGUGUUCAUCAAGUGGUUCCGGCUGAAGUGUAGGGGUCGAACUUACAGUGCCUUGAACAAAGACAAUUAAAAGCAAAUCAUUGUUUGCUCACUGACUCUUCACUGGACUCAUUAAAACGACAAAACAAAAACCUACACGGAUGACCUGAUUUUCAACACACAGCCUUCCAGACGAUCACAAGCUUUCUUAUUCUGCCUCUCCGAAAAAGAAAUCUUUCACGUCGAAGCUAUCAUGGAAGCUAUAUUGAGCUAAAACUUGCAAACAUUAGUCAAAAUAUUAACAAAUUUUCCAACUUGAAAUGAAAAACGGAAGAAAGCAUUUUGCCUUCGUUUAGUACCACCUGCUUCAUGAUGUCAAAAGCAACAAGUGCUCUUCACAAACUUUGACACCCUAGCGCUCCUUUGAUUGGUUUUCAGGUGUGAAAACAUGUCUUAAACCAUUGGUCACACCGGACAGUUGGACGGAAAUUGUGUUUUAUUAUUAAAUAGCUAUCCAAUUAUAUCAAUAUUACCUAAGAGUCGUUUUGGUUCAUGGCUUUGCCAUUGUUUCACUCGGUGGGCAGCUGAAUCCAGCGCUCUGAUUGGUCGCUCAAGAAAUAAGCAUGUUAAGCUCGCAUUACGUCAUACCAAAUAAAAUUUCCUCCAUUGUAAUGCCACGUCAAGCACGGCAAGGUGGUUGGACGGCCUUAACGCACAUGCGCGUAGGCACCCCAAGCGCCAGUAUUGAAACAUUUGAGAGCAAAGUCAGUUUCAGACCUCACGGUAACGGCUACUGACAAGGCUAUUUUCCCAUAGGAAACAAAAAGCUUUGUCACAGGUUAGUGUACUUGGAAAACAUCGUAAACAUCUUGGUUUGAAACACGAGCAUUGAGGAACAAGCUUGUGAAGCGCAAGGAAGUAGGAGAUUUAGUGGUAAACUAGAUUGAUUUGAAUGCCAAACGCGAUUCUUCCUCCGAGGGGAUUACUCAUCUGAACUCAUAUUUAGCUCCGAGCUGGUGCAGUCUUAGGAGUCGGAUAUUGAUAAGGGAAAUGAACUUCAUCCAAACGGGACUUGAACAUUGUCGGCGUUUGCCUCUCUUACUUGGAACUAUUUACUUGCCAGUCCGUUUGGAUGUGGUCUAUUUUCUUUGUCAAAUCGAUCUGAGUUAUCGGAGGAGGAGGAGCCUGUUUACAUUGAUAUCUAUGGUUGUGAAGGGAAACUCUUAACUCACAGGAUCCUAUUGAGGACUAAGUCACUUAUACACAUUUUAGUUGCUGGGAAGAAUUAACAAGGAAAAACAUAUAACGCGGACCUUGAUAUUGUCCUGUGAGAUUUGACAUUUCUUUCCUUAGUUUCAACUUCGUAAAGUUAUCACGCUCAAUGAUUACACUUAACGAAGCAUAUUUGCUGUAGCUUAUGACUAAAGAAGGGGGAUUAAUCGUAUCUAAAGCGACGAUUGGUAUUCAAUCUUUGCCAUUUUUAAAAUUUACGCCAUAAUUUUUUUUCUGAACGUAAGGUAAAUAUGACAUGUUUAACAUCGGGUAACGAAUAUUACUUUUUUUAGAUAGGAGGCAGAGGUUUAAAUAGCUGUUAAAUAGAAGAGAAAUUAAGAUUAAUCGAUAUCAAGAAUUUAUUUCUCUUUGACAAGGAGAUACUAUUUUUAUUUUCUUCAAGAAGACGGAAUAGAAUUUUCGCGCGCAAGAUACUUUGUCGAUGAGAUGAAUCGCAACUUGGUAAUAAUUAAUGACAAAUCAGGGUGUUCGAGAAUCAUUGAUCACUUGUUCUCCUGUUCAUUUCCUCGUCAGGUUAUGGGGCUCAGAGGAGGCAUGGGCUGCCUUCUAGCCUUAUUUGUGGGCCUUGUAUGGCUAGAAUGCACGGUAAGUCUACCUUUUUUAGCCUCUAUUCUCGAAAAUGUAAUUAUGUAUUAUUAAUACUCACCCAUAGGUUAUCUUAGCGCUUGGGCAGGUCCUAUUUCGGUGGUUAGAAGUGUUUUUGCUCGUUAAUCUUAGAGCGUGAAUUCAACAAACCAACGCUGAAAUCACGCCAAACGCCGUUAUAACUGCCGUAAAUGUUACCUUAAUAUACUGACGAGGGUUAAAUGUAAAUUAAGUUGACCAUAUCCGAUCAAAUGGACCCGAAUAUUUUUACCAGUUUAAUGACCGAUUUUGGAUUUCAAAAUUAUCCAGUUACGGUUAAAAGACCCAGUUUUUUCUCUAUUCUUGAAAUCUAGCUUUUCUUUUAAAGAACAUUUUCUUUUUUUUCUUUAUUUUGUAUUAACUCGGCAUCUACGAAAAUAGCGAGAAAGAGUUGUUUUUCUAUCAAGAUCCAACGUUUUAAGAAAUGAUGGCCUUAUAUUUUUCGUUUUUAUUUUGAUUUUGGCAUUAUUAUGAGGCUCUUUCUCGCUCUGCUUUUCGAUGCAUGACAAUUGUCUGAUGUAAACAAAAAACAGGUACUACCAGUCAGGCUGACGGUCCUUAACUACAAGUCGAAUUGCAGUUGAGGGGAUUAAAAAAAGUUUAUUUUUGUUGGAAAUGAUUGAAAAGUUCUGAUAAAUGUCACAAGGUAACGAAAUCGAAGAACGUUAGAUACCUCUGCUGAUUUUUCGAGCAUGAAACCGUUAAGACGCGUGAUCAAUUUUGCACGGUCAUCGCACGUUUAUAUAGCUCCAACGCGGUUAUUAACAAAAUAUACAUUUUGUCAUAUCCCAAAAAGUUACCCUUUCUCGCAGAAUCCGCAUGAUUAACUUUCGGACGUAAACGCAAAAUAAAGUCCGAAACGGAAAUAAGGAGACAGGAUUGUUAGAAAAAAUUUCCACAGACAAAAUAAUUAAACACAAAUAAUUUAGCUUCUUUCUGAAAACAGUGUAGAAAAUGAACUAGAAACCGGAGAUUUACGGCUCUCGGAAACAAUUGCAUAUGAUGCAAGAGAGAGGAUAAAUGCAGAUAUCUAGUGAGACUGUUCUUUAGGACUGAAUUCGUUUCAAUAUAUACCCUGCAGCCCAUGUAUAACUUCGCUUUGAAAAUUCUAAAGUGUAUGAAGACAUGUUAAACAGAAUCUCGUUUUUGCAUAAGGUCAAACCCUCACCGCUUAGGCUGUUUCAUGGAAUAAUGGCGGGCCAUGUCCAGAUUCAUUGACAUGGUCAAGUUUCCAUCUUUUUUCUUUCUACGGUUAGUUUGUAAGAAAGAGGAGAGCACACACAAAUCAUUGUUAUAUCAUUUUUAUUCAAGGAAUGGCCAGCCGUUUUUAAAGUAUAAUUAAUUUUCACUUACUUUUGUCAACGGUAUUGUUUUACGUUAGACACCUUGCUAGUGACAAACCAAUGCUACUUUGUAGUAUGCAUUCCCUAAGCCCAGGUCACGAACCUUUUGUAGAAGGUAAACACCACAAAAAAGUGUGACCUAAUGUCUUGCUAGACAAAUCGAGUCAACAGGUGCUGACGGUACUUGUUAUCUGUUUUAUAUCUUUUGAAGGCUAAAAAUAUUUUUUACACCAAACUUAACCCCCAUAAAGCCGUUUUCUACAAACUGACGAAAUGCUUUUCUUUUGCCAUUGUCUUUAAGAAAUACGUAUUUAUUCAGUUCUUUUAAUCUUUCACAGGUUUACUGUAACUAGCCGGAAAAAAUUCACGCCGACAUACGAAAUGACACUAGUCGGCACAAGAUUUUCGAAACCGCUGCUAAAUGAUUUUUAGCAAAAACCUUCAAAAACUAUAAAGAGAGCCAGUUCCUUAAAAUUACAAACAGUCUAUGAUUAGCAUCAACGUCUAAGUCAUAAAUAUGAAAACACUAAAUUUACGCUUUUUUUCUAAUUAGCAUUCACAGGCAAUUUUACCCGACUGGCCGAAGAUCGGCGACAGAAUCACACAACCAUUCCUUGAUCAGCUUAUGGUCAGUCAGCUUCUUGAACAGAAUCUCACGCUAGGAUUCUUCUUGAAAGGCCUUAACGGUCCACCGGGUCCCCCGGGACCGGCCGGGCCACCCGGAGAACCUGGACCUCCAGGACUUCCGGGUUCAGCCGGUUCCCCUGGUCAUGUAGGUGAAGAUGGUGCACCAGGAGCUACAGGAACAUCCGGUCCACCAGGUCCACCAGGACCUCCCGGUAUGCCAGGAGAUAAGGGAGAUCCCGGAGAGCAGGGAGCACCCGGUGCUGCAGGUCUUCCCGGAGCCCCUGGUCUUCCAGGUAUGCAAGGUCCAAUGGGUCCUGCUGGUCCAGAACCAAUUAUGCCGGUAAGUGAAAAUGACUUACGCAACAGCUUAACAUGGACAUCCCCAAAAUUUGUUCGGUUGUCCAAACGUCCAGUGUGUGAAUGCGUUCAUUUUAAACUGUUUUUGUUCAUCUCCAUAAACUGAUCAUGACAAAAUUAAUACCAAAUUAUAUUUUCAAAACUGCCUUAUAACCUGGACAUAUUGAUUAGGUGAAGGAUAGGGAUAUUCCGCUUCUAAAAAACUUGGGCCCAUGACCUUAAAUCUGACUUUCAUGACAACUGCCUCGAAUUGCCGUAACCAAAUACGAAACAGAGUCACUAGCCGAUCAGCCAAGGUAAAAAGAGAAUUUCGAUUAUAUUCUCAUUUUGCUACAAUUACUAAUAGAGGACAAAAUAAAAAGAUUCUAUUCAACCGUUAUCAUACAAGGACUUCAUUCUGGCCAGGUUUUCAUCAGCAUGUUCGAUUUUCUCCUGCAGAACUUUACUGUUAUCUGUGAAGGAGAAAAGGGCUGGGUACAGUGCAAACAAUACGAGCUCAUCAAAGUUACAAAGGCAUUCUGGGGUCGUGAUGAUCACGUUACGUGUCCCAAGAUUCCUGCAGGGCUCACAUCAGACAGACUGUGCGAGACGACGGCAGAAAACACCCUUAAAAAAGUCAAUGGACAAUGUAAAAACGAGCAAGCCUGCGAGGUGGUGGCCUCCAACAUUUUCUUCGACGACGACACUUGUGGGAACAUCUACAAGUAUUUAAAAAUUUGGUACGAGUGCAUUCCGGAUGAGGCGAACGCCGUGGACGUGCUGAAAGACGGUGGAAAACGAAGACGACGACGAAAGAAGAAGAGAUCAACAAAAGAGAAGAGGUCCUCGAAAGAAUAAACACCAACAGACUGUAGAAUAACGAAAUCAAUUAACGCUACUACGAAUAUUUCAACAGCAAACUCGAUUCCUGGAGCACGUUUAGCUUCGGAGUUUUUUGACCACUUUGCAAAACAUUCUCGUUAACAAAAAAAGCAUGCUUACUAGUUAAGCAAUUUUCGCGGUGUGCAGCAAAACCCACAUGAGUGAGAAUCCCGGCACUUUGUGUCAAUAUGUAUGUAUAUUGAAGUUUAACUUUAUUUGAUAAAGAAUGUACCAAUUGAGACCCAGGUCGCCUUGGCGACUGAAUUAGUUUGAUUUAGGAGGUCUUGUGAUCAGGUAUUCUGGUCAAGUGGGGGGAGGGAUAUCGCAGAUUGGCCGAUCUCCUCGCUCUCCACGUUGUGUUGAUUUGUUUUUCUGAACACUCUGUACAAUAUUUUCGGGAAUAAUGUUAAAUUAAAAACCAGAAGAUCUGUAUUAUAGGCUUGCCGCUAGUUUCUUUGUUGGUAAGUUUGAGUUAGAAUAAAAGUAUAGCAACUUAAAUUCACCUGACGACGUUCUGACUGCCAGCAAUCUAGGAAACAGCUCAGAGCUCACGGUCCACUUAGACCAACGCUCUUUCAAGUCUACUGAUCAAGGGGAACGUGAACUCUGAAAAGAAUUUCGACUGGUGUCGACUCAGUCCAUCACGUUGCAGGAGACUGACUCGCAUGCCUAUAUGUAUUUCAGAGAAAUUAGCUAUGGUUAGGUUGUAAUAUUUG